CAGACAGGCUGCACAUGGCAGGAGCUGCGGACACGCACCCAUCCCGUCUAUCGCAGGAUCUGCCACCAGCGCCAUGUUGCUCUACAUGCCGCCAUUCCUGGCCCUGCUGCUCUGCGGAGCACCACUUACCAAUGGAGACAACCCCAACAGUGAGGCCAUCUCCAUGCCUCCAAUAAAGAGCACCCUGUCAAGUAACAUCAGUGCAGCACCAGCACCAGCCAAUUCUGGACUUUCUUCUGUUCCCACAGUUUAUCAGAAUGGUCUGAUGGAUGCAAGUCAGUUUCCAACAAAAAUGUCAGACCCUCCAACCAGCAGACGUAUGAUGGAAAUAACCGGGGUCCAGUCAAUACAAGAACCCUCAACACCCGUACUCACCAGUGAAGAACCUCUCAGCAGUGUUUCAACUAUGGAGCCUAUUGUAAGAACCAAUACCUUAGCUCCAACCCCAAACCCACCUGCCAACACAUCACUGGCAGCUAUCCAUCAGGAGACGAGCUCUACCACAGCUUUGGUUACAGCAGGGCCCUCUAACAUCAUAAUCACAUCAAUGACAACAGAUGUCACCAGUAGUCCACCACUGCUCACCAGUAACGUCAUCGAUGUACCGCGCACCAGUGUUUAUACAGAAAGUCCUCAAGAGGCAUCUCCGCUAAUGGGUUCCCCAUCUAGAUCUACAGGAAAUCCACCAAUUAUUCCAAAUAUUACAUCACCAUUUUACACAACUGCACCACUCACAAGUAAUACCAGCACAACUGUACCAGAGGCUACUACAACUGCACAGAUGACACCCAAUAUUCCAAUCAACACAAUUUUGCCACUAGGGUCUAAAGUCCCUGACUCCAUGACGCCUUUAACCAUAUCUUUAUCCAUAGGCCCUAAUAGCACUAGUACAAUUUUACCAGCUAUGACAAUUUCCCCAAAAACAUUCAAUGUGACUAAUUCUCAGUCCCCAGCGACGACACCUGCCCCAAUACCUCCUGGUAUGUCUACCACUCCAUUAAAUACUAGACCUGCCCCAAUACCUCCUGGUAUGUCUACCACUCCAUUAAAUACUAGACCUGACCCAAUACCUACUGGUAUGUCUACCACUACAUUAGAUACCAAAUCUGCAACGAUACCUCCUGGUAUGUCUACCACUCCAUUAGAUACCAAAUCUGCCCCAAUACCUCCUGGUGUGUCUACCAUUCCAUUAAAUACUAGACCUGACCCAAUACCUACUGGUAUUUAUAUCACUCAAUUAGAUACCAAAUCUGCAACGAUACCUCCUGGUAUGUCUACCACUCCAUUAGAUACCAAAUCUGCCCCAAUACCUCCUGGUGUGUCUACCACUCCAUUAGAUACCAAAUCUGCCCCAAUACCUCCUGGUGUGUCUACCACUCCAUUAGAUACCAAAUCUGCCCCAAUACCUCCUGGUGUGUCUACCACUCCAUUAGAUAUCAUAGCUGCAUCAAUAACUUCUAGAGUGACCACCAUCGUACCACCACCCAACACAUCAUCACCAAUUCCAACAAGUAUAAUCACCAGAACAUCAGCUACCAAAACUUCAUUGAUAUCUUUUAGAGUAACUGAGGCACCAACCUCUACCACAUCUACACCCAUGCCAUUGAAUAUGUCUGCCACUACUCCACCAGCUAUAACACCUUCACUAAUGCCUCCCAGUUUGACUGCCACCAAACCACCCGUUAAGCCUACUAAUACUACUACCAGUAUAACAAACAUGACACGUCCAUUACCCACUUCACCAAUACGUUCUGAUAAAACACCCAUCACUACCUCGGCUAUGACAAUGUCACCAGUGUCUGCAACAAUUAAUCCCAUCACAUUACCAUACAGCAUGGAAUCCGAUAUAUCACUGGAUACAACAACUUAUCCUGUACGUCCUAGUGUCUCUACCACCUCACCACCAUCAACUACAACUGUGCCACUAUCUUCUACCAUGACAGGCACCACAUCAUCAAAUUACACAACUAGGCCACCAUCUUCUACUAUGACACAAAUCACUUCAUCAAAUUACACAACUGCCCCACCGUCUUCUACCAUUAUUGGUAACACAUCAUCAAACUACACAACUGGGACAAAUACUCUAUCGUCAUCUAUGCCAACUGAAAUGGUUACCACCACACCACCAAGCACCACAAACAAUUCCAUCCAUUCUAGUGUAACAUCAGAACUGCCAGAAUCUACACAAUUCAGUAUGGAGGUCACCACGUCACCUGACUCUACAUCCAUGGAGAAUACAUGUACUUUACCCCCCACAAUGACAGAGAGGAAGUCCAGCAGCUCAUUAACCUUGAGGCUGACAUUGGAGACUUCUCCUACCACAAACUUUGCUAUGGCAAUGCAAAACAUUUUACAGCAGGUUUGUCUCCGGCUUGCUAAGGAUAUUCCAGUUGAAGAUGUGACUUUGUCCUGGGCUCAGGAUAAGAUGUUCCUGCCAUGCGUCUCCAUCACAGGAGCAAUGUUUUAGACUGGUCACAAUUUCAGAUAUUUCAUCUUCUAGUCUAGAAAUAGUCCUGAAACGCGGAGGACUUAUAUGAACAGAGGCCACCAUUGUGAACAUUGAGGAGCCUUCACUUGGCAUCUACUAUCUUCAGAGCUUCCAAUAUUAUACACAUCUCAGCUUUCUGGGAAUCUGACCAAUGGUACC